CUGCUGUCUCGAGCCAUGGCUGCACAGCUGGUUGUUGCUCUGCUGGCUCUCACCUCCCUGGGUGCUGCAUCUGAACCGGACUGUAAAGAGCUGGUUAAGCCGCUGGUACUGGACAGCCACAGCCCUAUCUAUGGGAAGUGGGUGCUCCACGUGGGGUCAUGGGACCAGCCUGGUUUGAAGAAUGACCUGGUGUCGGUGAACAGCUCCUGGGUGGAACUGUCAGCUUCCUCAGACAGCGGAGUUCUCACCAUCUUCUGGGCUGAUCGCUUAAGUGAAGAUAAAUGCCUUCAGGGUAUAGCCAACGCCACCAUUUCAGGAAUGACCAGUCACACCACGUUCAAUAUCAAUGGUCACACUUCAUAUCAUGAUGGGAAGUACUACGAGACCUGCUCUGACUGCCUCCUUUCCGAAGACACGACCCUCCUCCCUGAUGGAAAGUCAAAGGGACGAUACCUUUUCCUCUUUACACGGACCGGUGCUCUGGAGCCAUCUGAGUUAGAGACCUUCAAGAAGCAGGCAGAGUGUCUUAAAUUUCUCCCAGAGUAUCAUUUUGGAGGCACAGAACUGUGUCCAGAUGACAGGGAAACUGCUUCACCUGCUGCUGAGAAUACAGAGACUGAUCAAAGUGAUGCUGAGCCUUCUACAAAGUAAAGCAGAGCACAGAGGUGUCAUAACCCUGUGAACAGUCUGCUGCACGCACCCAAACACAUCCAGCUUAACAUGUACUAAAAAGUGUUGUAAUGUGAUCUGCAUGUGCAUUGAUAAAAAAAAAAAAUUGUACUGUGAAAUAACUUGUCGUUUAUCACCAUCCAACAGUGAUAAGUUCUAGGCCUGCUGCUGCUGUGUCAUGUUAGAUCUGUACUCAGUCGUGUGUUACUGUCUCUUUGCCUGUUUUAGUUCAGGAAAUGUGAAAUCUAAAUAUCUCGUUGCAUAUUCUGGCAGGUACAGUAAAAAAAUCCACUUAAAUUCCUCCUUUAAAUCAGUUUAACAAUCUGAAAAUAGUCGAGUGUGUGAACUGUUCUCGAAUGGUUGUGUGAGGUCAAUAAAGCAGCUUUCAGUCCCCA